AUGAGUUUGUGGGACUUGGAACCAGUGCCAGAAGUUGACAAGAUAUCUUUCCCUGCAGAGGAAGAGAAAGUUUUUGAAUUUUGGAAGAAAGUUGAUGCUUUUCAUACCUGUCUGAAACAGAGUAAAGAUAGACCAAAGUUUACAUUCUAUGAUGGUCCUCCCUUUGCCACAGGCCUUCCCCAUUAUGGGCACAUAUUAGCAGGAACAAUUAAGGAUGUUGUGACCCGAUGGGCUCAUCAGACAGGACAUCAUGUAGAACGUCGGUUCGGUUGGGACACUCAUGGCCUUCCAGUGGAAUAUGAAAUUGAUAAAACCCAUGGAAUGAUCACUGGACCUGAAGAUGUGGCAAAAAUGGGAAUAAAGAAAUAUAAUGAGCUUUGCAGAGGUAUUGUUAUGAGGUACGCCGAUGAAUGGGAAAACCAUUGUGUCAGAUUGGGAAGGUGGAUUGACUUCAGAAAUGAUUACAAAACGCUCUAUCCUUGGUAUAUGGAGACCAUUUGGUGGAUAUUUUCACAGCUAUAUCAGAAGGGCUUUGUGUAUCGUGGCUUCAAGGUGAUGCCUUUUUCAACAGCUUGCUCCACACCCCUCUCAAAUUUUGAAGCUGGCCAAAAUUACAAAGACACUCAAGAUCCUUCAGUGGUAGUAAACUUUCCAAUCAUUGGUGAACCUGAUGUUUUGCUGGUGGCAUGGACAACCACUCCCUGGACAUUACCCUCAAAUCUUGCCCUGUGUGUCAAUCCUGAGCUUGAUUAUGUCAAAGUUCAAGGAAAGACUAAAGAAAAGAAUGGUAAGUACAUAUUGAUGGAGGCCCGACUUUGUCAGAUGUUCAAAAAUGAAAGUGAAUAUGAGGUGCUGCAGAAGUACAAAGGGAAGGAGCUUGAGGGGAUCCGUUAUGAGCCUAUCUUCGAUUACUUCAAAAAGAAAGAAGCUAAUGGGGCCUUUAGAGUGCUGUGUGAUGGCUAUGUAAGCAGCGAGUCUGGCACAGGUAUAGUCCACCAGGCCCCAUACUUUGGUGAAGAUGAUUUCAGGAUAAGUUUGAGUUAUGGUAUCAUUACUCGUGAUGAAGAGCCCAUUUGUCCAGUAGAUGAUGCUGGUCGAUUUGUCCUUCCUGUAACUGACUUCAAGGGGGUUCAUGUCAAAGAAGCUGAUCCUGAUAUCAUAAAGCUUCUAAGAUCUCGAGGGCGGCUUGUUCAGGCUGAUCGAGUAAAUCACAGCUAUCCCUUCUGCUGGAGGUCUGAUACGCCACUCAUUUAUCGUGCUGUUCCUUCUUGGUUCAUCAGAGUGGAACAGAUGCAGGAGAAGUUGUUAGCAAGUAACGAAAAAACAUAUUGGGUUCCUAGCUUCGUCAAGGACAAAAGGUUUGCUAAUUGGCUUCGAGAAGCAAGGGAUUGGGCAGUGAGUCGUAAUCGGUAUUGGGGAACUCCAAUACCCCUUUGGGUCUCUGAUGAUUUUCAAGAGGUUGUCUGUAUUGGUAGUAUAGCUGAACUAGAGAAACUCUCUGGAGAAAAAGUAAGUGACCUUCAUCGAGACAACAUAGACCACAUCACCAUCCCUUCAUCAAGACCGGGAAAACCUCCACUGAAGCGCAUUCCUGAAGUUUUUGAUUGUUGGUUUGAAUCAGGAUCUAUGCCUUACGCUCAGGUUCAUUACCCAUUUGAGAACAAGAGAGAAUUUGAAGAUUGUUUCCCUGCUGACUUCAUUGCUGAGGGUAUUGACCAAACCCGUGGAUGGUUUUACACACUCCUGGUAAUUUCAACAGCAUUGUUUGGGAAACCACCUUUCAAAAACCUGAUUGUAAAUGGUCUUGUGCUGGCAGAGGAUGGCCAGAAGAUGAGCAAGCGAAAGAAGAACUAUCCAGACCCAAUGUACAUAGUUGACAAGUAUGGUGCAGAUGCCCUAAGGCUGUAUCUUACAAACAGCCCUUCAGUGAGAGGAGAAAACCUGAGGUUCAAGGAAUUGGACGUUUUCAACCUUCUUAAAGAAGUGUUUAUCCCAUGGCUCAAUGCAUACCGAUUCUUUGUGCAGCAAGUUGAAAGAUAUGAGAAGGAGGAAGGUGAGCAAUUUGAAUAUGAGGAGAGUUCCAUGGGAAAGUCUAACAAUGUUAUGGACAGAUGGAUCUUAUCCUUCACACAAUCUCUACUGAGCUUUGUACAUCGUGAAAUGACUGCAUAUAGACUCUACACAGUCACACCUAGACUUGUAAAGUUUGUUGAUAACUUAACUAAUUGGUACGUCAGAUUUAAUAGGAAGAGGCUCAAAGGAGAGACAAGCAAAGAUGAUUGUUUAAGGGCCCUUGAAACACUUUAUUCAGUGCUGUUCUGCAUGAUCCGAGUGAUGGCCCCAUUCACUCCUUUCAUCACAGAAACAAUGUACCAGAACCUCAGAAGAGUUCUGAAGCCUGGAAGUCUUGGGAAGGGUGACACCAGUUCAAUCCAUUAUUUGAUGGUGCCACAGCCAGUGGGUAAGCUUAUUUGUCCUGAAAUUGAGGAUUGCGUUACAAUACUACAGAGUGUUGUUGAACUGGGUCGAUACCUGAGGGACAAAGUGAAUACGCCGAUGAAGUAUCCUUUACCUGAAGUUGUUGUAAUCCAUAAGGAUCAGCAGAUCCUUGAUGCUGUCCUACGUCUUGAACAGUACAUCAAAGAAGAGUUGAAUGUAAAGUCAGUUACAACUUCAACAGACAAGCAGAAGUAUGGUGUUGCACUUAGAGCAGAUAUGAACUUCAAAUUAUUGGGUGCAAGGCUUAAGGGGGAUGCCAAGAAGGUCCAGCAGAAAGUGGCAGAACUCUCAGAUGAAGACAUCCAAAAGAUGCUAAAGACAGGUUCCAUUGAAAUUUUGAAUCACACUAUAGAUGCCAGUGAAUUAAAUGUUAAGUAUAGUUUCAGUGGUGAAAAAGCUGCAGAAUUAGCAUCAAAAUAUGAAGCACACUCCGAUAACACUGUUCUUAUUCUUUUAGACACAACUCCCUCACAGGAAAUGUUAGAUGAAGGGUUAGCACGAGAAGUUGUCAACAGAGUUCAAAAGCUCCGAAAGAAAGCUAAACUAGUCCCCACAGAUGAAGUAACUGUAUGGUAUGAAGUUGAUAAUAAGAGUGCAGAGUUGGCACGUAUUUUGUCGUCUCACUUAGAGUAUAUAGAGACUUCAACGAAAACUCCAUGUAGACCCCUUUCGCAGAAGGACAAUUCAUCUGUACUUAUUGAAGAAGUGGCCAAAAUCAAGGAGGAAUCAUUAAAGUUGAUAAUAACACAGGGGUUAUGUGCUGGAUGGUCUACUACAGCAUCAACUGUGGAUAGUCCUGGUGGUACUGAGGGAGUGUCUUGCCCAUGGGUCAAUAUUAUAUUGGAUGGGUCGCCAAGGUUUUGUACAAAUAGUUGUAGUGGCACGUUACUCUUAGAAAAUCCCUUGGGAUCACCUGUCAUGACUAGUUGCAAGCAGCUUAUAGAAGAGGCUCAUUCCAUCUGGGGAUUCCCUGUUAAGAAUGCUAAAUUGUAUGUAUCAAGAAAAGAAAUUGAUGAGAAAACAUCUGUGACCACCCUUGCAGGGAAAACUGUGGUCAUUACUUAUGUCCAGAAUAAAGUUCCAGUUGCAACAUCUGCUGUCAAGCCUUAUAGCAAGUAUGUUAAUGUGGAAAGCUGUGAUAAGAAAGCUUGUGUUCUUUUGGAGAAUCCUUGUGGAGAUGGCAUUAUGUCAUCAGAAAUGUUCCAGAAAGUUGUUCAGCGUGUGUUAAAUUUGACAUCCAUGCCUAUGUUGUUUACAGAUGUUAACAGAAAGAAAGUACUUCAGAUAAAUGGUGGUAGUCUAACAAAGUUACAUGGGUGCACUGUGUAUGUCUAGGCUUUUUCUCUGUCAAUGGCCAAUUACAAUAUUGUGAUUACUGGUAAAUAUAUAUAUUUCUACAUAUAUAUCUUGGAUUUAAACUUCAUCAGACUCAUACAUAAUGAUAAACGUGUAUAGUAUAUAAAGUUUUCCUGCACUCAUCAGUACUUAUCAUGUAAUAUGUUAUAAUUGCUUUUGAGUUUUUAAUGUACUUGACAACUGAUCAUCAAGACAAAACUGUUUGCAAUACAGACAGUGAGGUCAUGUCUUAUAAGAAUGCACAACCCAUCAUAAAGCCAGAACUGUUUGCAAAGUAGUAUAUUAAUAUUUGGAUUCUUAGUUUCCUUGAGCAUAAUACAUCAGAUAAAAGACUUCCCACCAGUAAAGAUGCCUUUAGUGAAGUCCCCAUCCCCAUAGUGACUUGUAUAAUUUUUUCGUUUUAUGUAAACAUUCAUGUAAUUUUUUGCAAUUUUUAUUUUCAUAUAAUUCCUGCCAAGUAGGUUUAUCACAAUUUAUUACAGUCAUAUGUUACAAAACUAAUAAUUUUAGUUAUUGUCUAAAUUGUGUCUAAAGUUUGCAGUUCAUAAUUGAAUUAAUCUUUGUAAUGGAUCAUCUUGUUCUCUCUCUCUCUCUCUCUCUCAACAGUUGUCAUAUAUUCUUUGGUGUGUGUGAAAAUUAAACUGGAAACCUAUAUAUUCAAUUCAAAAUAAGACGGUAAGUAUUCGAUGUUUCUUAAAUGAAAUUAAUUUCUCCUAAUAUGUUACCACUUUUCUUAGUUUACAGUUUUAUGCCAUUCAUCUGGGAAUCAGAUUAGAUUUUCACAUUUCUACUGUUUGUAUCCAUUCCACAUUCAAAUAUUCAUUGUGUUUCUGUUUUGGAGGUCAGAACUUCUCUAAGUGGUAGAAAUAACUGUGGAACAUUGUCAUGUAAAAUUUGGUGCAAAUGUAUAAUUUAGAUCAUGCUGCUACCUAUUAUAGGGAAAAUGGGAAAUCUGGAAAGAAAAUUUGGUAUUUGAAAAGAUAGGAUCAAGGUAAUUUAAAUCUGUAAGAUUACUUAAUGUAAAAUCUUUGUCUAGUAAGGGCAGCAAUUUACAUUAUGGUAUUUUCACAUAUACCAAAUAACAAUUUAAUAAUAUGUAUUUGCUGAAGUUGUGAGGUGGUUUUAGAAAAUUUAUUAAAUAAUUUGUAGUUUAGAAAAUUAUGUACAUUCAAGCUAUUCAUUCUGAAACUAGUGCCUUUACUGCAGCUGAAGAUUUGAUUCAGUUUUAACAAUUUUAACAUCAUGGUUAGAAUGAAGAGAAUUUAUUCCUGUAUGAGUUUGGUGCAUAAACUAAAAAUUUUAGUUACCAAUUACCAGUUUUCAUUAUGUAAUGAAAUAGGGGUACAACUGCUUGGUACACCAAGUUGUGUGUUAAUUUUUUUUUAAACAUUAAAGAUUUUUCACUGUGAUAGUCAUAAGCAAUAAGAUAAUUUUGUUUUAAUUUUUAUUUAAAAAAUUUUAUGAGCAUUUUACACAGGUGUUCAUAUACUGUAAUACUGGCUUAUGUUUUAUUAACGUCAGGCAGAUGGUGGAAAGUGUAAAAAAAAAAAAAUAAUAAUUAUUCACUUGAGAAUCAAAAGAGAAUAACAACCUCCAACUUCUUUUUGAUCACAAAACAGGUUUUUAUUAAACUGAUUAAGAACCUGCUUCACUUAAUUGAAAAUGGCAGCCUACAAUAUUUUUUCUGUAAGUCUUGAAAGUUUUUUAUUUUUUUCUAGUGAGUGGCUAGAGAAGAAAAUGUUAAAUUCCAGAAUGUUAGAAUAGAGGUGGUGGAUGUAAAAAAUCCAUGACAGGUGUUAGAAACUGAAAGUAAAGUUUGAUCUGAAGCCCUUACAGCAUCAAUACAAAAACACACAUCACAUUUUUAUCAGUUAGCAUUUCUCUUAAUUUUGUUUAAGUAUUAUUACUUGAAGGAGAAAUCAAUUUUACCAUUGUUUUAUAUUCUCUUUGUAGGAUGGCUGUUGCCACACUUGUAUGAAAGGCAUCUUACUCCUAUAGUAAAUUGGUUGUUUUCAAUAAA